UAAAAACCCCUGCAGGUGAUUCAACCAGCACUGCAAACUUCUUUUGCCUCCAUCUUGCGCGGUGGAGAAUAAUCCAAACCAAAAAAAAAAAAAAAAAAAGAGCAUUACACAGAUCUCUCUCGUAUUAUUCUCUUUCAAUUAAUUCGUUUUCUAGUUUCGUUUCUUCGUAUCUCCUCCUAAAUUUGACUCGAGCCCCUUUGAUUUAGCAAUUCUCCCUAAUACAUAUAUAGCCCUUAUAAUCACCACAGGCCCGUGAUCUUGGUACUUGUCUUAUUUAUUUAUCACCUUCUUCUUCUUCUUCUUCUUCUUCUUCUUCUUUCAUUGUUAUAUCCUCUUCAUCUGUUUUUUUGCUGUGGUACGUGGCAGCAUUGUUCAUUUCUUGGAUGGAGAGGCAAAUGCUAACAAAGAGACGCAUUUAUUCCCUUGAACCAAACGAAAAAGUACGAGCCGUGUUUGCAAGAAGAUAUGUGGAUCACUUAGUGCCAGCUUUAUUGAAGAUCAACCAAAAGAUUCUAUCAGAUGAAAAUGAUAAUCAACCGAAGGAUCGGUUGGAGAAGCUUGUUCGACAUGAAGUGGACAUGGCAAUGGUACUGUCUGCUGACGAGUUUGCAUGGAGUCGUGCCUUGAAACUAAAGCUUCAAACAAAUGAUGAUCAUCACAAUGCAGGUGGAUUCACGAACUCUUCCAGCCUUCAUCAUCUUACAUCUUCCCACAGUCAUUACACUCGUAGGCAAAAUAAUGGUAAGAUUUCACCACUGCCCCAUGUUUCUAAUGCGUUGAUCCCAAUGAAAUUUUCUCAAAACCCUAAUUAUAGUAAGCCAGAACUUAAGAAGCUGAUCACUAGGAGUACUAGGAGAUCAGUAAUACUGAGAAAAAAAGAUGGAAGUGAAGAGCAGAAGAUCAGUAGCAGCCAGUUGAAGAAUCUCAGAUAUCUUUUACCAGGGGGAAAUGAGAUGGAUGCUGAUGAUGAGUUGCUCAAAGAAGUGGGAAGUUAUAUAACCUGUCUUGAGUUGCAGGUGAAUGCUCUUCGGUUUCUAGUGGAAAAUACAAGCUAAUUUUGUUUCUUUUGCAAGCCAGUUUAUUCUCUGCACUUGGUUCUAUGUAAUCCGCGUGGAAAGGUUUAUGGCACUCAUGGAUAUCAUUUUA